AUGGUUGUCGCAAGCGUAUCGGCGGUCGUCGUCUCCGUUCCCGUUCUGUACUUUUCCGUUAAGGCUUUCCGACACGCCUGCCAAGAGGGCGGCAUCAUGAGCAGAAUCUUGGCCAACCUGCGCCGUCUUGCACCUGGCCUUUCUGCCAUUAGAGAACCUCGCAACCCAAUGGAGAUUAUGGAAGAGGGUAUUUCUUUUCCCCCUCUGAGGGUCAUCCAGUUGACCUUCAAACGCCUGUCUCCCCAACUCCGUCGCGUGGAGUUAAGGAUGAUCCGCACCGUCAAGAGCAUGUACGUGAUGCUCGACCAGACGCUCCUCGGACCCGCUUCCUCUUCGUCCAAAGGUCCGAUGGACAGCAUGAACGACGCAUGCUCCUUAGUGGCCAGAACGGUUGCCACCCUUGUGAGUUGGGACGCCUCAACGGCUGUCAUUUCUCUGGUCAAUCCCGCCAAGGAUGUGACGGACUUGUUCUCCGACCGCGCCAAGAGAAACGGGUACGAUGGGAUGAGCCGGGGGCGCCAGACCCACUUCGCUGCGUUGUUGCACCAGCGAGCGAUCGCCAUGGAGGAGGUAAUCGAGCAGGCGCUCUGGGCGGGAACAAUGCCAGAGAUCCCCGUCGGGUUGCGAGACGUCCCCAGCAUCAUCGGCCUCCUGGAACGCGACGACCGGAUCAAUGCCGGCAGAGUCAAUGAUGCAGGACGAGGCAAUGAAGAUCUGUACGGGGUGACCGCUCGGAAGCUACAGAGCAGAGAGAGGUUAAGAGUCCUCCGAUCUACAGCAGUAUCUACUAUAGAAUCUCUUACCGUCGUCAAUAAUCAUCGUGGACAGCCUGCAGACGAAAACGGUUAG